AUGACUCAGGAACACCUCAACACAAGCGCAGCCGCGCCAGCGCAAACACCCUCAAAGGCGCACGAUCCUUCCCACGAGGAACACCAAUAUCUCAAUCUCAUCCGCACAAUCCUCUCGCAAGGCGAGCACCGUCCGGAUCGCACGGGGACAGGAACGCGCAGUCUGUUCGCACCACCGCAACUACGCUUUUCCCUCUCAAAGCCAAACCCAGAUGGCGGAUCUCCAAUCCCAGUGCUGCCCCUCCUAACCACAAAACGCGUCUUCCUACGCGCCGUGCUCGCCGAGCUCCUCUGGUUCAUCUCAGCAAACACCUCAUCGAUUCCUCUCUCCGAAGCAGGGAUCAAGAUCUGGGACGGGAACGGCAGCCGCGAAUUCCUCGAUAAGGUCGGACUCGGACACCGCGAAGAAGGCGAUCUGGGCCCCGUGUACGGCUUCCAGUGGCGACACUUUGGGGCGGAAUACGUCGACGCGAAAACCGAUUACGAAGGUCAGGGCGUUGAUCAGCUCAAGGAUGUGGUGCACAAGGUUAUGAAUUCGCCGUUUGAUCGGCGCAUUAUCAUGAGUGCUUGGAACCCUGCGGAUCUCAAGAAGAUGGCCCUUCCGCCGUGCCAUAUGUUCGCGCAUUUCUAUGUCUCCUUCCCUCCGGGGAUGAAGCUUGACGAGAAGACGGGUCGACCAAAUGAGAAGGGGACGCUUUCGUGUCUUCUUUAUCAGCGCUCGUGCGAUAUGGGACUCGGUGUGCCAUUUAACAUUGCUUCUUACGCGCUGCUUACGCAUAUCAUUGCCCACGCGGCGGAUCUGCAUCCGGGGACCUUGAUUCAUACCAUGGGUGAUGCCCAUGUGUAUCUUGAUCACAUUGAUGCUCUGAACGAGCAGCUUACCCGUGAGCCGACUGAGUUCCCCGAGCUGCGGAUUAAGCGUGAUGAUCGUGGCAGCGCUGUCGUCGACGGCUGGAAGGAGGACGAAUUCGAAGUUAUUGGAUAUAAGCCGCACAAGACGAUCAAGAUGAAGAUGAGUGUUUGA